GUUAAAUUAAAAAACGAAGAAGAAGACGUGACUCGUUAUACAUCUCUGGCGCUUUCUAAAUAACAGGUAUCAGGUUGACCUCAAACAAUCGGCUACUUUAGUAGACGAAAUUACCGUAAUUAAAACUGUUUUUGUAACUGUACUGUCGGGAGGUUUACGUCCCACACUGGAGGUCACGUUGUGUCGUUAGCUCACCUUGCAGGCUAUUGUGCGGUAGCUAGCUUGCUAGUCAGCUCACGACAACGUCACAAGGAGACAGUUGGAAACAAACGUGGUGGGCAACCGAUCGGAGCUGCCGCCGCGGUCCACGUCUGUGAAAUAAACCACCAGCGGUGCAAGAAUGAAUGUCGCUAAAAGUGGCUAUCGCGUCUUCUCCGCAAACUCUUCUGCAGCGUGCACAGAAUUGCCCAAGAAGAUAACAGAACGGCUGGGAGUCGAUCUGGGGAAGUCUGUGGUCUAUCAGGAGUCUAACAGAGAAACUAGAGUGGACGUGAAAGAAUCGGUCCGAGGACAGACUAUCUUCAUCAUCCAGACCAUACCGCGAGAUGUCAACACCGCCAUCAUGGAGCUGCUGAUUAUGGCCUACGCCCUCAAGACGUCUUGUGCAAAGAACAUCAUCGGGGUCAUUCCUUACUUCCCCUACAGCAAACAGUGCAAGAUGAGGAAGAGGGGCUCAAUUGUGACCAAGUUGUUAGCUUCAAUGUUGGCGAAAGCAGGAUUAACGCACAUCAUCACCAUGGACUUGCACCAGAAGGAAAUCCAGGGUUUCUUCAGCUUUCCAGUGGACAACUUGCGUGCCUCCCCUUUCCUGAUUCAGUACAUCCAAGAAGAGAUUCCUGAUUACAGAAACGCCAUCAUUGUGGCAAAGUCCCCGUCGGCAGCGAAGAGGGCUCAGUCCUACGCAGAACGGCUGCGUUUGGGUCUGGCUGUGAUUCACGGCGAGGCUCAGUGUUCAGAGUCCGACAUGGCGGAUGGAAGACACUCCCCACCGUGCGUCCGCAACACCACCGGACACACGGGGCUGGAGCUUCCUCUGAUGAUGGCCAAGGAGAAGCCUCCCAUCACUGUCGUCGGAGACGUGGGAGGGAGAAUUGCCAUCAUUGUGGAUGACAUCAUAGAUGAUGUCGGAGACUUUGUUGCAGCUGCUGAGAUCCUGAAAGAGAGGGGAGCCUAUAAGAUUUACAUCAUGGCCACACACGGGCUCCUGUCCGCCGACGCUCCGCGGCUCAUCGAGGAAUCGGUCAUUGAUGAAGUGGUGGUGACCAACACCGUCCCCCAUGAAGUCCAGAAGCUCCAGUGUCCCAAAAUCAAGACCGUGGAUGUCAGCAUGAUACUGGCGGAGGCCAUCCGCCGCAUCCACAACGGGGAGUCCAUGGCCUACUUGUUCCGCAACAUCACCGUGGACGACUAGAGAGCCGGCGGCGGCGAGGUGGGUGUGACCGGUGCACUUCUCCCCAGUGCUGCAAACCAACAUGCCAAGGCCAUGUUCCGUGUGUUUUUGGUCAGGAUUAAAUGUUCCCCGCUUCAUUGGGUCAUUCUUACGAUUUAAACUUCCCGCAAAGUUAUUUAUGUUGAUUUCAAGGCAUCAAAAAUGUUGUGCGUAGGUUGAGAAAUGCGUCUUGUUGUUUUUGAGGAACGAUGAAGAAGAAGAAGUAAACGUGACUUUCACCCUUUCGAUGCAUUUGGAAGCCGCCGCUCGUCUCGCUGCUCGACCAACUCCAUGCUUUGUGUUGGGAAAACGAGUUAUUUAGUCAAACACUGCGGCGCCUCGUAACUAAUGACUGAGCUUCAACUGCAAACGAGGAGAGACGCGUCUCCUACCGGGACCGGACGCUUCACCAACCGUUUCCCUGCCGGCGCUCGUGUUCACGCCGUGAUGUCAUUGCAUUUAAACAGGAUUUUACUGUUUCCCACCACACAGACGACGGUGGACUAACUCCAGCUCUUUGAGGCCCACACUAUAUUUUUUUCCGCUGACUUUUUUGCACCAUUUGUGGGAAUUGUUUGGUAAAAUGUCCAAUAUGACACGUCAAGGUUCUCACCAUCUGUAGAAAUGAAUCAUUUCAUAUUGUAUGUCUUAAAGGGUCAGUUCAACAAAACCUUUUUUUUCCUACUUCCUCUUAGAAUGAUCUCGGAGGAUCGUUUUGGUUAAAUGCUUCUCUGAUUCCUGCUGUUCACUCGAGUUUAAUGUCAUUUAAUUUGAGAUGCUCGAAUUAUCAAAAUGCUAUGUUUUGAAAUGUGGAGCUCAAAUGAUUUAAAAUGGAUAAAACUCUUCCAACGAGCUCUUUGGAUUACACAGAGUAACUUUUACAUUAGUUCUGGAAGGUGAGUAUUUUAAAGAUUUAGACACCUUAUUGGGUUAAACUACUGGAGCAUGAAGUGGGACAUGUUUGAUUUUCCUUAUUUGCAAGGACUGACUCUUUAAUAAUAAUCUCUCUCUCUCUCUCCAGCAGUAGACUGAACACACCUAUAACGUAGUGCUUAUUUUAAAUGGCUGUUGUAAACUGACUGUGACAUCAUAUUGCUUAUGAAUUCCAUAAAUAGCCAAAAAGUACUCCAAAUAAUACUGCCGUUUUCUUCAUGUCGUGUUACAUCGUCCUUGGACUUCCUUAGUUUAAGAGCUUCUCUGAGCCUCCGGCCGGUUACCUGCUGCUGUGACUGAAAGGCUGCUGGUAGUUUUGUGCUGGAAACUUAAUUCUCCGAGCUGGAGGUCGGCGACAAAAAUCCCCACGACUUAACCGUUUAAAGUGCAAGCAGCAAGUUCUCAAUCUGAUUAUCUUUCCCCCUCCUGAUUUAGACUUCUGGACAUUAUGACCCGUGUAAUAAGUUCAUUUCAUCAGAGUUCCAGCAGCACUUGAAUGUAUGAGUGAGGAUGAAUUGAUCACUUUACCUUUACAACCAAUGCUGGGCAACUGGAGUCGGUAAACUGAUGGCUGCUUCGAGGAUGUGACGUGAAGAACAUUGGCCAACUAAUGUCAAAUAUAAGUUGUUUUGUAAAUUCGCAAAAGCCCCAGUUUGGUCUUUAUGAUUAUCAACAUGUUGCUGUGGUAUUCUAAGAAGGAACGAGUGUAUUUCUACACUGAUUGAGCCGUUCGCUCAGAGAAAUAUUACUUUAAUAAGCCAGUAGACAAUUAAUAGUUCUUGUAUUUCUGAUGGUUUGUUCUGACUUCACUUGCUUCCACUGAGCAGUACUGUAAGCCUUUUUUUUUUGUUGCUCUUUACCGUAUGUUUUUUUGUUAUGGAUACUGUAUUUUCUCCCGCUGGCUGUUGGAGAGCCAGAUGCACACGCUGGUGUUGUGCCGGAGGUCGUCGGUGUCGCAUGCUGUAUGUUUGCCUGUCUGACGUCGAGGACUCGAGGUCUCGACACUCUUCCGUGGAAAUAAAAAACCGUUGCCUCUC